AUGGAUACCCAGUUUCCCUUCGCUUCUCGUGACGAACUCUGGAACAUAAUAGAGCAGUUGAAGGAGGUCCGGAUUGCUCAAGUCCAACAAUCAGAGCGCAUCGUGAGAUUGGAACGCCGCAAAGACGAGGAUGCAAGGCUGAAGAACGUUUGGGGUCCCCUGUCGCCUUUCCAGACCUCGGUAGUGGGCUCUGUCGCUCCAGACCCCGUCUUCUACUCCCCUCCCGACGCUUUCAAGGGCUUCGACCAGGGCCAACCGAAUGGGAUGGCUUCAUCCGGAAUUGGCCUUGACGGCGACGAGGAGCCACGGCGGGGAGCCUCACGGGCUAACAGCGUUCGUUUCGAUGAGAGUGCGAUACACGGAUACUAUGGCCAGGCCAGCCGUUCCAGUACCGACCUUCCGCUGCGGACUGGAAGUGGAAUGGGCGGUCUUCCCCUCUCUGAACGAUCAUUAUCCCAUCGGUCAGACGGUCGACUGAGCUCUUCCGGCCAGUCCCUCCACUCUGCGCGUACUAACAGCCUGAGACUUGAUACGACUAGUCGCCUGAUGGGUUCUUUCAGCGAUUCGCCCAUAACCCCUCCUCCUGGGCUAUUCUUACUUGGGCCGGUGCCUUGUAUCAUUCGCUGCUGGUUAACAGCGAAUUAUUCCAAUGAUACACUCCUCUACGCUGCAGUGUGCUCUGGCUCCUACGGUUCAAUCGUGGGUGAAUCCAUGAUCCGGAAGCUUGGACUGGAAGAUUCCAUUUUCGAAGAAGAGAAUCAACAAUUCAUUCGACUCCGCGUCUGGCUUCCUGAAGCGAGUGUUCAUCUUUCGUCCUCACAAAGCGGUAUCCCCGAGCAACAGCUCCCGACCUUGACCAUCCGGUUUAUGGUGCGCCAAUCUGAUGCGUCGGACGAGUCUAUCCAGAUCAUAAUGGGGAGCGACGUUCUUCGCUCACAUAACGCCGACAUUCUCUUAUCGAAAGACAAGAUCCUCAUGGUAGAUGAUGACCGAAAUCGCAUUUCUAUCCCCUUGGUACGCCCCGAAAGGGAUUCUGUCUUCAAAUCUCUUUCCACCGUCUCCAACGGAUCUCGCCACUCUUUGCAAUCGAGACCUGAGGUGGAAAAGGACAUUGUUGGCGUUAUUGGGCCGCCCAAGAAACCACACCAGUCGGCGUCUGGACCUGCUUCAGAACACGUGUCUACAGGUGAUGCAUUCGAGACCAAAAAGAAUAUCUUCCCUGAUGCCCCCACAACGACUAUUACGACUACCGAAUCGCCAUCUACUGUGAACGCCAGUGACGCCCAUUCCACGGCCUCUCAACCAGAAGCUGCCAGUGUCUGGGGCUCUUGGCGCCGAAGCUCUAAGCCGGAUCCAAAUACCAAUGCUAGCAAACCUGCUCCGAGCCGCACGAUGAAAGUUCUUCGGCCCACUAAGCCAUCUUCCCGUACUGCAUCUUCCACCUCCACACCAGUCACUCCUAGCGCAGAUCAAAAUGAUACCCAAAACGGCUCUUCAGGUGGUGUUCGCCGAUCAUCUGAUGAUAACUCUGCCACGUCCGCAGCAAACCCUGUCGGGGGCGCCUCGGCAUUUGGGUGGCUGACUUCUGUCUCGACCGCUCAAAAGGCUAUGGGCUCCAAAUGA